GAAACCGGUGACUACUGCGUGUUAUGUCGGAAUCGUGCUCCUUCUGCAGCUACGUUUUCGUAGACGUGCAUAUACUUUGUAUGAAUUGCGACCCGAAAGUGCCGAUCUGCAUACGGUGCUUUUCUAAAGGUCUAGAGUCUCUGACGCACAAGAAUGAUCACGAGUAUAGUGUCGUGACGACCGAGUUCCCGUUGCUGUGCAAGACAUGGACUGCCGCAGAAGAGUUGAAGCUACUCGACGCACUCUUGGAGUGCGGCGUCGGAAACUGGACUGACAUUGCAAAACACGUGUGUUCGAAGACUGCAAAGGAAUGCAAGUCUCACUAUUUGCAAUAUUACAUCUAUGCUCCACAGGACCUUCUUAAAGGCAUUGCACCUGAACCGAGCUAUGUGGACAGCUGCCAGCUUGCUCCAGUGCCCUACAGAGUGUCAGGGGACCCACCGCGGCCUGUACUCUCCUCCCAGCAGCACGUCGACAUGGCUGGUUAUAUGGCGGCCCGGGGUGACUUUGUUCAUGAGUUCGACAACUUUGCAGAAAUGGAUGUGGCUGAGCUGGAUUUCAGCCAGUGUGAAGAUGACCUAGAUAAAGAGCUCCAGCUGGCCAUGGUGUCAAUUUACCAAGACCGGUUGCGGGAGCGUGCCCGAAGAAAGUGGCUGGUGCGCAAGCAUGGCCUGGUGCAUCCCCAGAAGACACGCCAGAGCUGGCGCCGGUACAGCACCACUCUAGGGGAGGCCACCACCGCCCUGCUUGGUCGCUUAAUGCAGCUGCUCCCGCCAAACGAUUUUGAGUUCCUCUGUGAGGGGCUGCACAGUGAGCAGCUGCUGUGCCAACAGGUGCAGCUGUUGCAGGAGUCUCGUCGGGCGGGGCUAACUCGGCUGGACAGCAUUGCACUCUUCAAGCAGUGCCGCCGCUGGAGGGUUACCCACCGCCCUAAGCACACUGCCUUCACUGAGCUACUGGCACAUAUCAAGAAUGAAACGUCCACACAAGUUUGGCUACACAAGCAGCUUGUCAAGGAUGCCUCUCUGUCACCAUUGUCACCAAAAGGCCUUGGACGACGGACAGCCCCACCACUUGCCAUUGAGGGCAUGCCCGGUUAUGAGAAGCUCAACACUCAGGAGCGGGAGCUGUGUGCAGGUCUCCGCAUAGUGCCAGAAAUGUACCUCCAUUUCAAGGGACUUCUUGUCAACGAAUACGAGAAGCUGGGCUCGCUGCGCCUUGCCAAUGCACGAGCAAUCAUCAAGAUUGAUGUCAACAAGACGAGGAAGCUCUACGACUUCCUGCUGGCCGAAGGAAUUGUCAAAAAAGAUGUACAUUAAGAAAAGGGCAACAAUCCAGACUUCUGUUUUAAGUGUGAAAUACACAUUUGCACCUGUUUCUUUA